CCUCGCUCUCUUCUCUCUCCCCUCCCCUCCGGGCGAGGGCUUUGCGGGAUGCCCGGGGAAGCCGCAGCAGAGACAGAGAGACGACAGAGACGGAGAGAGACGGAGAGGCAGAGAGCGCCCACCGCCCCGAUAAACCUCCCCGGCCCUGCGCCCUCCCGAGCCUGCCGUGCCCGGGAGCCCAUGGAGGCGCGCCCCUCCGUCGCAGCGCCCUGGGGAAACUGAGGCUCCCGCCGCCGGUCCCUUGCGGAGCGAUGGGCGGACCCGGAGCAUCUCUGUAGUUCCCGGAGCCCGGCGGGAUCGAGCAUCAUGGGAGUUUUGAUGUCCAAGCGGCAGACGGUGGAGCAGGUUCAGAAGGUGAGCCUGGCUGUGUCGGCCUUCAAAGACGGAUUGCGGGAGAGGCCUUCGAUCCGCCGGACAGGCGAGCCGGCGGGGACCCGCCGGGGUACCGUAGACCACGCCGUCCAGGAGCAGCAGCAGCAGGAGGAGGGGGCGACGGCCGCGGAGGGAGCCGCCCCCGACCCCCAGGAGGGGGGCAGCGGGAACCGAGCGGCCUGGGAACGGCUUCGAGAUGGUCGCGGGGUGGAGCCCGAGGAGUUUGACCGGGCCAACCGCUUCACGCCGCCUGCUUUCACCCGCCCCACCCGGGAGCUCUUUGAUGACCAGCCUCUUGACAUCUGCCUGGAACCACUGGAGUCUGUCGCCAACGACGAGAUGUGUGAGAUCUGUGAGGUGUGGACCGCGGAGAAUCUCUUUCCGUGCAGGAUCUGCACGAGGGUGUUUCACGACGGAUGUCUGCACCGCAUGGGUUACCUGCAGGGAGACGGCGCCCUGGAAAUGACAGAAGUGGCCCACACUGAGAUCGGCUGGAGCUGUUACUACUGCGACAACCUCAACCUGCUGCUCACCGAGGAAGAGAUGUUCAGCCUCAUGGAAAGCUUCCAGCAGUGCAGAAUCAUUCCUGACUGCUCGCUGACACUGGAAGACUUCCUCCGCUACCAGCACCAGGCGGCACGGCGGGGAGGCAGCGCCAGGGUGCUCAGCGAGGAGCAGGAGGAGUGUGCCAGCCGCCAGUUCGCCGCCCUCGACCCCGACCGCCAGGGCCACGUGGAGUGGCCUGACUUCUUAUCCCACGAAUCCCUGCAACUGCUGCACCACCUGCGUCCCGAGAACUCCCUGCUGAGGCUCCUCACGGCCAAGGAGCGGGACCGGGCCCGAGCUGCCUUCCUGGCCCAGGGCAGGGAGGGCCACAUUAGUGAGACGGAGUGCCGGAAGGCCCAGCAUGCCUGGUUCCGCAAGCGCCCCCGAGAAGCCCUGUCCUGCAACGUCAGCAUCAGCCACGUGGGACCAAUGUCGGAGAGCAGCCCGGCCAGCAGCAACAGCGGCAAGAGCCAGGAGAAGCCCCUCCUCAAAGCUGACCAGGAAGAGCCCAGGUCCAUGGACUGGCCCACGUUCCUGAAGGAGAACGUCCUGUACAUCCUGGCAGCCCGCCCCAACAGCGCAGCCGUUCACCUGAAACCUCCGGGAUAGACGGGCCCGGCGCUCCUUGUUGGAGCAGGGAGAGGGGGGGUCUGGACACCGGACGGGGAGGGGGUGAGGGCUGGAGGUUCAGCCAGCGUCUUUCUUCGUUAUCAGGCUUCGCGGCUGGGGAUCUCCAUAACCACCCCCUUCCGGGUCGGGAGCGGGCACCCUCAAGGAGAGGCUGUAGGAGACUAGAAGAGGGGACGCCCACUCCUCCGGGGCCCUGGCAGCUCCAUGGUUCGUCUACUGCCGGGCAGAGAGGAAUCCGGUUCCCCUGCCCCUCAUCCAUCUCUGCCAACCUUUCACCAUGGAAGAAGACACUUCACGUCCCAUCCCUGCCAGCCCUGCUUGAGUUCUGGUUUGUAAUGGGUUGGAAGAGGACAUACUGCUUUCCUACACAAGCCCCCUCGGUUUGCCAAAGGGGAAUCCUACCCACAGUCCUCCACGCCGGCCAGCUUUGAUUCUUGGCUUGGCCGAGGAAAGGUCACGGCUCUCUACCCUGCUCACUUAAAUCCUUGCUUCCGAGAGCCCCAGCGGCUCCAGCUACCCUCCCCGACCCCUCAGCCCAAAUCACUUCUCACCUUUUUAGCCACCCGAAUCUGAUGAGAAGACGACGCUCGCUCCCUCUGCUUCUAUCGAAAUCCUAAUUCCCUGGGCGGAAGGAAACCCACCACCCUACACGCUGCCUUCAGUGUCACGGCAUAAACCCAUCCCAGGAGAGGGGGGCAAUAGAACAGGCUACGUAGGAACAGAGGCCCUGCUGGGUGGGGGUGAUUUGCCACCUGUUCUGUGAUCCCCCAAGAACCAGCUGCCUCCUCCCGAGCCCCUCGCUCUGUUCCUCGCGGCCUCUUGUUUCAGAUUGCAUGAGGAGUCCUCCAUUUGGGGCCACAUGUCUUCUCCCAUCAUUCUCCCAUCUCCCCUUGGCUCUGCUGUCGGGAGGAGAGGAUCUCAUCACUUCACAGUGCACAUCUCCGCUCUGAGAUGUGGAGGGAAGAAGAGCAGCACGGGACUCCUUACGCUCCUAGAAUUCUAAGCCCCAGGGUGGGGAACGGUCCAAAGCUAGAGAUGAGAUGGGCAGGAAUUUGGGCUUCCCCGUUGAAAGUCUGCGGCGAGUUUUACAGGAGUGUCACUGUAGGCACGAGCUGACUUGGUGGCGGGCCGAAGCAGAGCCUCAAGCGUCUCCUUGAGCGAGGUCCUUCCCGCCCUGGGGUGAGAGCCUACAUUUCUGGCCUGUCUCUUCUAGUGGAUCCUGGCUUUUAAGGCAACUAGGAGCCAAAGGGGGUCCCUUUCUCUUUCCCCAAUUCUCCAGGGUUAACUGAGGCAAUCUCAUUUUGGGAUAUGACAGAAACACAAUGAGCAGGCCAGUGGAGAGGUCUUGAGGAGGUGGAAGGGGUACCAUUUUGAGCUCAAGGUCCCUUUCCAGUUGUGCUCUUUUCUUGACUCCCCGUGCCCUUUGUUCAGUUAAGUCCAAGGGUCACAGCUCUGGGAUUCUACAAUGGCAGAAAGAAUGAGAGCAGCAGGUCACUGGGAUUCUGAGAGGUAAAGAACAGAAUCCAAUCUCCAGAGGAUCAAUCAGUCAAGGGUAUUUAUUGAGCGCUUACUGUGUGCAGAGCACUGUACUAAGCACUUGAGAGAACAGUGCGAAAGAAUUAGAAGACAUGUCCCAAAGAGAAAUGAGAGGAGAGAUUCUGGGCAAUGAAACCACGGAGCCAGCUUGUUUAGGGGGAAGGAUGAUGUUUGCUGAGCUGGAGAUUUAAAACUCAGACUCCAGCCUUGGGCACAAGCUUGGCUUUGGGCCUUCGUCCAACCUACGAAGACGCCCGCGUUGGGCGAGGGGAGAAAUGGCAAUGGGUCGAUUGCACCCAGAAAGGAGAGAGUAAAGAACUGUUUCUUGCACCAAAUCCCCAAGCCUGGACUUUGUUUUCUUGAGGCCUUUUCUGGCCACAGCUCCAAUAAACAAAUCAGUCAAUAAGUCAUAUUUAUUGAGCACUUACUGUGUUGCUGAGCACUGUACUAAGUGCUUGGAGAGUAUAAUACAACAGAAUCAGUAGACACGUCCCUGACACUCAUCUUUCUCUCCUGCGCACCAGUUAGAUUCCAGAGAAACAUCUCUUCCUGCAACUGCUCUUAGGUCAGUUCCAAGAGGCACUUGGCCCCGACUCUCAAAAGCUCAUGAAAACCGAGUUUGUUUUUUCUACCAGAGUUCCCUCCCAUCCCAGAGAAGCUGCAGAGAUGCAAUUCCAGGGUCUCAGCUGCCAAGGCUGCAUUGACCAGAGUUGGAGACCAAAAUUGCCUUUAAUCAAAGUCCCUGGGCUUUGCUACGGAUGGAAGUUUAAGAUCUUGCCCCAGCUUGAGGAGAACCUCUGGGUAGCACCAAUCUGCCCGUCUCCCUCCUGGGCAGGGCCGGUUCCCGGAGCCCCUGCCGCCCACCUCAUCGGGGACUGAAUCGCAGCAGUGGAAGGUGCCACGUUCUCCUAGGGCAGGUGUUGAAAGCCACUUAGAAGCCCCAGGACCAGAACCUUCUGCAUGAAAGGCACUCCCUGGGCUGGAAAGGCCCCUGAGAAGAGAUCAAAUGCUUAGAGCAAGGCUCUGCACACAGUAAGCGCUCAAUUAAAAUAACAUGGAUUGCCGUAGCCCAUCCCCAGACUUUAGAUCAUCAUUUUCCACCAUCAAAUUGACCAGGGACGCAAGCUGUACUUAACCCACCGGGGAAAGGAGAAUCUAACUGACAGAUUAUCCCUUUAGCUGCUUGACCACCCCUCUUGCUGUUCUGGCCCAUUUCCCCUGCUUCUGGCCUCAGCCCUUAGCCUCCAUCUAACAACUCUUUAUACAUGGCCUCCUCUGGCUCUCUUACCCGACCUUCUUGGGGUGUUCUUCUUUCUGUUCUUCCAGGCUUGGCAAAACUGAAUCCUGUUUUAUUCUUGUUUGGACCUAAUCAGUAGCCUCCAUUUCUGCCCUCUCUUGGCUGACAGCGCCUACACAAGUUCUUGGUAGAGCGCUCAAGCGCUUAGUACAGUGCUAUGCACCCAGUAAGCACUAAAUAAGGAAGAUUGAAAAUUAAAAAAAUUAAAAAUACAUAAAUGCACACAGACACACGCGAGCUCUCUCUCGCUCUCUCUCUCUGUCUCUCUGUAUCUCGUCUCCCCAUCCCUGACAGACGUUGACUAUGGCUUGAAGUCCUCUGGAGAAACCUCUUCCCCUCACCAGGCAUCCCAUUUAGUCCCUUUUCUCUCCCUCUGCUUCGCCCCACUUUUCCCACACUGAAAUUAGGAGUUUCCAGCGUGGUUCUCGGUUUCUUGAUCGCAGCACACAAAGGUCCUUGGGCAGAGCUGGCCCCCACCUCCACAUCUACCUCUCCUCCCCCCACAUUCCUGCAGUAGUGUUGCAGCUGGGAAGACCCGGCGGGGGAAGGUUUUGGCCAGAGCCUUCCGAAGCCUGAGCUGGGAGGUGCCGCCUCGGGCGGACCGUGGUGAGAGGAGGCGGCCGUUUUUUCUGGACAGCAGGGCCAAGUGGUGAGCAGCGAAGGGCCGUGGCUCUCAGCCAUCUAUCCGGUACACGUGGGUCGUCGUUGCCUUGGGCCAGGCACAUCCACAGAAGAGAGACAGGUAACGGCAGCUCGGAGCCGCCAUGGUGUCUCCGCCGAGUCCAUUAAGCAGCCCACAGGCAGCCGGAGCCAUUCGCUGUCUGGCCGGCAGUAAACUUAGCCAGUUAUUGCCUUCUUCCAAACCACUUACUCCAUAUAACCUGGGGCCUGCAGGCGCGCACUGACCGGGAACAAGGCUGCCUCUGCCCACUGACCCGGAGACAGAUGGGCCCGAUGACAGGCGGCAGAGCCCAGGGCGGAGCCCGGAUGUCCGGGAGGCAUCCAUCAUACGACUCCUCUGAUGCCCGGGCCGGCGGCACAAUCCUGCACUGACUGAUGGCAUUCUUCGUGGUGUCCUGUGGGAGGAGGGAAAUGGGACUCUCCUUGAGGUGACCCAGAAUCCCUCUGGAGCUGGGGGCAGCCCCAUGCCUAAGCAAUAGUCUCAUCCCUCCCAUUCCGCACCCAGGCCUUGGGUCCCGCAGGAGGUUGGCACGGUAGCCUAGGGCCCGUUUUUUCUGCACUGCUGGGCCGCUGCCAAGAGAGCAGUCCAGAACCAGUUGCCUGGAACAGAUGAGGCUGACCUGGGCCUGCAGCCCCAAAUGGUAAUUAUAUUUUCCUCUUCAGAUUAACAAAGCCCCUUCUGGACCUAGACCCUGGCUGAGCCGUAGCUCUGUUUAACAGAUGCCCAAAGGGGCUUCAGGAAGAGGAGUUGGGAGCCUGGGAGUGGAGCUGGGUUUCAUCUGAGAGAGCUUUCUGCUUCCCCUGCCCUGAUCCAAGGAGGGACCUGCUCCUUUCCCCUGGGGACCUCCCUCCACUGCCAGGGGCCAAUGCCCAACCAACUGAAGCUGCCCAUCUGCCUCUGCAAUCUCUGCCAGCUCGAAAAUGAAACGAGGGGGGAAUCCUUCAAACCCCUCCCCGACACUUUUCCCUCACUGUGGUUGCAUGCCCCCUCACUCCCCCCGCCCCCCCCAGCCCUGGUAGGUACCGAGGCCGAGGAGGGGCCCGACACGCACUGGACAUACUAAUAAAGAGAUUCCCAAAGCAA